GGAAGUCUCAGUCUUUUGAUUGUGUGUUUCCUGAAAGCAAGACCAAUCAUUUCAGUUUAUUCACUGGCUAAACUCUACUUGAUUGGGGACAAGCACACAAACCAUCCAUUACGAUCUGAUAUAUUAUCCAAACAAUUUAGUGUAUUCAUGAGGUAACCUAAAUGUGGAGGCUGCAAAAUUACCCGUAAUCAAUUGAAACAGCGAGUGCGCGUCCCUCUGUGUGUCUAACAACUACAUGUCUCUGUAAUAAGGCAGACAUUAAAUCAUUUUAGAGUUGUACUGUUGAGUACCUGAUCACUGGGCGCUCUGGGAAGCUGGACAGUCACAUUAGGACGCUGGAACUGAGGAAGCCGCUGCUUUUCCAGUGGGAUAAAACCCGAUCUUCCUUACUCAAGGUGCUUUUACAGAUCCCCACCGAUCUGACCCUAAGCCGUGCAAUAUCCAACAUAGACUUCGCCUUCUUCUUCUUCUACUCUUCUAUUUUUUUUUUGUUGGUGGUGGUUUUUUUUCCGUUUUGUUUUUAUUGCACUACAUGUUUGGGAAACAAGACAAAAUGGACGUUAGAUGCAGUUCAGAGACUGAAGCUAACCGGGUCUCGAAGAACGGACAUAAAGAGGGCAAGGAAAGCAAAGGGGCUGAAGGAAAUAUUUCUACUUCUUUUUUGAAGGAUCAGCAAGGGACUUUUUCUGCCUCUGCAGCUACGGAAGGUUGUAAUAAAAGUAAAUCUAGUUCGGCUGACCCGGACUAUUGCAGGAGGAUCCUAGUUAGAGAUGCCAAAGGUUCAAUCAGAGAGAUUAUUCUGCCCAAAGGGCUUGAUCUGGACCGUCCCAAGCGGACCCGCACCUCCUUCACGGCCGAGCAGCUCUACCGCCUGGAGAUGGAGUUCCAGCGCUGCCAGUACGUCGUGGGGCGGGAGCGCACCGAGCUCGCCCGCCAGCUCAAUCUCUCCGAGACUCAGGUCAAGGUCUGGUUCCAGAACCGGCGCACCAAGCAGAAAAAGGACCAGGGCAAGGACUCCGAGCUGCGGUCGGUGGUGUCCGAGACAGCCGCUACCUGCAGCGUCCUGCGGCUGCUGGAGCAAGGCCGGCUGCUCUCCCCGCCGGGGCUGCCGGGCCUCCUGCCUCCCUGCGCUACCGGAGCGCUGGGCUCGGCGCUACGCGGGCCCGGCCUGGCUGCGGGCAGCGGCAGCGCGGCGGCGGCUGCGGGUCCCGGGGGCGGCGGCUCCCCUCAUCCACCGGCCGCCAGCACCGCGGCCGGGCCCCCGCCGCCGGCAGCGCUGCACGGGGCGGCCGCCGCUGGGCACGGGCUGUUCGGGCUGCCGGUGCCCGCGCUGCUGGGCUCGGUGGCCGGGAGGCUCUCCUCCGCGCCCUUGGCCGUGGCCGGUUCGCUGGCGGGCAACUUGCAGGAACUGUCGGCCCGCUACCUGAGCUCGUCGGCCUUCGAGCCCUACUCCCGGACCAACAAUAAAGAAAGCGCUGAGAAAAAAGCACUGGACUGACUCUAAGUAACUUCCCCGUAUUUAUAUUUAUAGUCUCUAUUUGUGGCGAUAUUUAUGGGGCGGGCGGCGCGGCGGGCCCCUCCAUCCAUCCCUUCUUCCCUCCCUCGCCGCCUCCAAGCCCCGCGGCGCGGUUGCCUCCGCGGGCCGGUGCGGAGAGGAGCGGGGUCCCGGUGCCCGCGGGGCGAGGCGAGGCAGCGACCGGGGGCUGCGGGAGCGGGGCAGUCCCCGAUGCUCCCCUGCCCAGCCGGCCCGGCGUCCGUGUGUCCUUUCGGAGAGGGAGGGGGGAGUCUGUUCGUUUGCUUUGCCACCGGUAGGAAAGGGAAGAGGAGGGAGAGCGGACGGGGUGCGGUUUGGCUCUUUCGGGCCCGCUGUAUCCGAUGCCAAGCGAGGGAAAGGGAUUUCGGAGAGAGGAAGAUGGAGCUGCCAGGUGAUGCCCGGGUUUGGUUUUUUUCCCCCCUCAGUGACUCCGAAGCACAAGGGGUUGGGGGCUUCACCCGUGCCCCCAGUUCCAGCACACCCACUGCACUGCAGACCCCGGGAAAGCUCCUUGCCGCUCGCCCGGAACACCGGCCGGGAAAACGGCCAGCAGCUUCCCUUUUCCACCGUGAAUCCCGAACGUGGGAAGGGCCGGAGCGGGCUGCUUGCAAAUAACACGCACGGAGCGGGGAGACAGAAACCAGUGGCUGCAGAGAUUUUGGAUCAAACUGUCUCCCCCUUCGAGAUAACACAAAGCCCCUAUUUUCCCUUGUAUUUUCCUUUCUUUUUCCCCCCAUUUCCACCCCUCGCAUUCCCACGGGCCA